GGAAGAAUGGCGGAGCAGGCACAGCGGCAUCUUCGGCGCCGGCAUCGUCGUCAGCAGAUGCAGGCGCGGGUGCAGGACGCGAGCAGGAAGCCACGUGGCGGACCGCGUUCCCCAUGCUUGAACGGACAUCUGUGUCUGGUUUCGCAACGCAUCCAAAGAGUACAACAAGUGCUGCACGGGCGAGGAUUGCGGUGGAUGUGGGCGUGCCAGCGCCUGCUCGGAUGCUGUUCAAUGCUCUGAUCUCAACGGCUUCGACCACUUCCAUCAUCGGUCUCAACCAUCUGCCCAAGGACGUUCGGGACAAGCUCUACAUCAAGCAUCUGGGCUCAGUCGAUGCUGCACCUCCUGAAGAGUGGGAGCCGAUGCGUGUCCGCUUUGUCCUUACCAUCACCGCUUACUUUCAGCUUGAUGGAGGCGGCGAGGUCGCCGCCGACAUCAUGCUCAACGCCGUGGGCUCGGUCAAGCCGUACUGGGCCGUCAUCUUUGGUUCGGACAUCAUGUCUUUGCUUGAUAUGAGCAUUCGGAGGGGUGGGAGCAUUAUUUAUUUGUAUCCGCCUGGGAGCUCGAGUGAGGGCUGCAAACUGGUCAGUGUCACCGAAGCCGACCACGUGCUCGGCGACUACGAGGGUACGCCGUGCAAGUACUGCAGCGAAGUGUUUCUCACCGACGACGAGCGUGUCCAACACCUUCACAAGCAACACAAGUGCUCCGACUGCAAGAAGACCGGGUCAGAUGAGGCGUUGCGAGCCCAUGCCCGUGCUGUUGGCCAUCGCGGCAAGAUCGUCUGUCCCGAGUGCGGCAAGACCAUGCCGUCGCUCGAGGGCGCGAAGUCCCACCUCUACUGGAUCCACGCUGAGAAGCGUAUCACCAAGGCCAACAUCAACGAGCUACCGCUCUUUCGUCUCUCCAAGUUGGAGACUCACAUCGAGAUCGUCGAGUCGGCCGCUGCCAUGGCCAUCGUUGUCGAGAAGAUCCUCAACGCUUUUGCCACAGGCCUCGCCACCAUGAUCGGCUUUGACACCGAGUGGCAGCCCAACUACAUCAAGGGUGCGGCGCCCAAUCCCACGGCCAUUGUCCAGCUCGCCCUCGAAUCGGGCAUCACCUACAUUAUCCCUGUUCUUGUCCUCGGAACGAUUGUGCCGCUCAUCCCGCUCUUCGAGGCUAGCCACGUGCCCAAGUAUGCGCCGGGCGUUCACGGCGACCUCGGCCGGCUGGCUGAGUACGGCUCCUUUGAGCCGCGCGGCUUUAUUGACCUUGUUCCACUCGCCCGCGAUCGCGGCUUUGUUUCGGCCUCGCUCCGCGCUCUUGUUGCCCUCAUCUUUGGCAAGCGCCUUGGCAAGGGCGCGCAGAUGUCCGAUUGGUCCGCCUGGCCGCUUGCCCACAAGCAGCUGAUGUACGCGGCCUCGGAUGCCUUCUGCACGCUCCGUGUCACCCAGUUCCUCCUCACCGACGGCACGAUAGAGCCUUAGUCCACUUCCACACCACAGCAGGAGCAACCAAACCAAACACCAUCACCCG